AUGAUCUCUUCUGUAUACGUUAUCUAUCUAUCUAUCUAUCUAUCUAUCUAUCUAUCUACCUAUCUAUCUAUGACGCAACUAAACAAUUGUCUAUUUGUAGGUGAUCAUGGCUCUCUAUGUCUUCCUCGGGAGGUAGGUGAUCAUGACUCUCUAUGUCUUCCUCGGACGGUAGGUGAUCAUGACUCUCUGUAUUCCUCGGGAGGUGAUCAUGACUCUCUAUGUCUUCCUCGGGAGGUAGGUGAUCAUGACUCUCUAUGUCUUCCUCGGGAGGUGAUCAUGACUCUCUGUAUUCCUCGGGAGGUAGGUGAUCAUGACUCUCUAUGCCUGCCUAGGGAGGUAGGUGAUCAUGACUCUCUAUGUCUUCCUCGGGAGGUAGGUGAUCAUGACUCUCUAUGUCUUCCUCGGGAGGUAGGUGAUCAUGGCUCUCUAUGUCUUCCUCGGGAGGUAGGUGAUCAUGACUCUCUAUGUCUUCCUCGGGAGGUAGGUGAUCAUGAUUCUCUAUGUCUUCCUCGGGAGGUAGGUGAUCAUGACUCUCUAUGUCUUCCUCGGGAGGUAGGUGAUCAUGACUCUCUAUGCCUUCCUCGGUUGGUAGGUGAUCAUGGCUCUCUAUGUCUUCUUCGGGAGGUGAUCAUGACUCUCUGUCUUCCUCGGGAGGUAGGUGAUCAUGGCUCUCUAUGUCUUCCUCGGGAGGUAGGUGAUCAUGACUCUCUAUGUCUUCCUCGGGAGGUAGGUGAUCGUGGCUCUCUAUGUCUUCCUCGGACGGUAGGUGAUCAUGACUCUCUAUGUCUUCCUCGGGAGGUAGGUGAUCAUGACUCUCUAUGUCUUCCUCGGAGGGUAGGUGAUCAUGAUUCUAUGUCUUCCUCGGGAGGUGAUCAUGGCUCUCUAUGCCUUCCUCGGGAGGUGGUAGUGAUCAUGACUCUCUAUGCCUUCCCUCGGGAGGUGGUGAUCAUGACUCUCUAUGUCUUCCUCGGGGUGAUCAUGACUCUAUGCCUUCCUCGGGAGGUAGGUGAUCAUGACUCUCUAUGUCUUCCUCGGGAGGUAGGUGAUCAUGACUCUCUAUGUCUUCCUCGGGAGGUAGGUGAUCAUGACUCUCUAUGUCUUCCUCGGGAGGUAGGUGAUCAUGACUCUCUAUGUCUUCCUCUGGAGUUAGGUGAUCAUGACUCUCUAUGCCUUCCUCGGUAG